AUGCUUCCACCAGCAGCGCGGCGUGCCGUCCUCAACCUCAAGGUCGCCCGUCCUCCAGCCGUCACACGCCCACUCGCCCUCCCAGCGACCCGCAGCGGCCUCCGAGUCCCUCUUGGGCCGGCUUUCCGACAGCGCACCUUCGCAACUUCUCCCGCUAGACUAGAUAGCAAAGCCGGUCCUUCUCCUGACUCCUCGUCGCCACCCCCACCGCCCCCACCUCCCAAACGGUCCCUCACACGACGCCUCCGCACCGUCUUCAAAUACACCUUCUACCUCGCAGGCUCUACAGCGGUGGGCACAGCUGUGCUCAUAACCGCCAUCUUCCUACACGAUGCAUUCACCUACGGCGAACAGCACAUAGAGGGUGUACCCGUCUCCCCACUCGCGCUCAAGCCCGAGCGCGGCGGGCCCAAGAACCUGCCCAUCCUCCAGCGCUACCUCGGAGACUUCGAAGACCUCACCAACACCCAGCUCGUCGACAAGCCCCACCUCGUCAUCGUCGGCGGCGGCUGGGGCGCCGUCGGUGUCCUCAACUCGCUCCGUCCCGGUGAUUAUCAUGUAACGGUCAUCUCCCCGGAAACGUACACCACGUUUACCCCGCUCCUGCCCUCUGCUGCCGUCGGUACUGUCCAGGUCCGCUCCCUCGUGGAGCCCUUGCGCAAGAUCAUCGCCAGGCUACAUGGUCAUCUCCUGAACGCAAGGGCCGUGGACCUGGUUAUGAGCGAACGGCUGCUUGAAGUAGAGACUGCGUGCAGGGACGGUCAUCCACAGCGCAUUUAUGUCCCAUACGACAAGCUCGUCAUCGCGGUCGGUUCAACCAGCAGCACGCACGGUGUCAAAGGUCUCCAGCACUGCUUCCAGCUCAAGACUGUCUCCGACGCACGCCUAAUCCGUCAACGUGUUCUCGACAACUUCGAAGCCGCCGCCCUCCCGACGACCUCGCCCGAGGAGCGCCGACGGCUGCUGAGCUUCGUCGUCUGCGGAGGCGGGCCCACAGGUGUUGAAGCGGCCGCGGAGAUCUACGACCUCUGCCAGGAAGACGUGAUGCGGUACUACCCCAAGAUCUGCCGCGAAGAGGUCUCGAUCCACGUCAUCCAGAGCCGGGAGCACAUCCUGAACACGUACUCGGAGGCGAUCCAGAGCUACGCGGAGGACAAGUUCGUCCACGACCAGAUCGACCUGAUCAAGCCCGCCCGCGUCGCGGCAGUGUAUGAUGACCGCGUGGAGUACACGACGCGGAGCAAGGACGGUAAGACGGAGACGCAUGCGAUCCCGACAAACUUCGUGCUCUGGAGUACGGGCAUUGCAAUGAACCCAUUCACGGAGCGCGUGUCGAACUUGCUGCCAAACCAGGUGCAUAAGAAGGCAAUCGAGGUCGAUGCGCAUUUGAGAGUCAAGGGUGCCCCGGUCGGCGAGGUGUAUGCGAUCGGCGACGCGUCUACGAUUGAGACGUCCGUUGUGAGCUACCUGCUCGAGCUUGUUGACGAGGCGGACAGGAACAAGGACGGGAAGAUUGACUUCGAUGAAUGGGAGAUUAUGGUCAACCGGAUCAAGGCCCGAGUGCCCAUGGCCGAGAGUGCCCUCGGACAUGUCCGAGAGCUGUUCAAGGCAUACGACAAGGACUCGGAUGACGCGCUCACGCUGAACGAGCUCGCGGUGCUCCUUCAAGAGCUCGGGAACAAGAUCACCUCGCUCCCCGCAACGGCCCAGGUCGCCGCGCAGCAGGGCAAGUACCUCGGGCGCAAGUUCAGUAAGUACGCGAAGCAGCGCGACACGCUCGCGGAGAACGGGCUGCUCUGGGGCCCGGGCGCGGACGAGGCGGUCGCGGGGCCGUUCCGGUACCUCCACCUCGGCUCGCUCGCGUACAUCGGGAACGCGGCGGUGUUCGACCUGGGGAAGAUGAGCUUCAUGGGCGGCCUCGUCGCGAUGUAUGCGUGGCGGAGCGUGUAUUGGAGCGAGCAGGUGAGCUCGCGGACGAGGGCGCUGUUGAUGAUUGAUUGGAUCGUGCGUGGGGUGUGGGGAAGGGAUUUGUCUAAGCUGUGA